UAAUUUCUUUCUUGAAUGUGAUUUUAUUCCUGAAUGUGAAUUGUACAAAGAAACAAAGGGACCCAUCUUCCUCUGACACGAAGAAUGAUCAAAUCUGAUGAAUUAUUGAGAGUUAUUAAGAGUUAUUAAAAAGGAUCAUCAGAAGAUAUCUAUAAGUCUCGAAGUUUCUUCUUGUGAGACAAAGUCGGCCACCAUGGAGAAGAGUGGAGUUUACAAGGAAAAUGGCUACACGAACGAGGCGUUCCAGAUGGAAAACGUGUACUUGGAGCAGAGAGGGAUGACCGACGAGAAACCAGGAAAGGAAGACAUUGACGCUCAAGAGGAAAACACUGCAGUCGCCAGAGCAGAAUGGGGAGGCGGUCUGGAAUUCUUGAUGGCCUGCAUCGCCGCUUCCGUUGGCCUAGGCAACGUAUGGAGAUUUCCGUUCACCGCUUACGAGAACGGGGGAGGUGCUUUCCUCAUACCGUACCUCGUCGUCUUGCUCUUCGUCGGCAAGCCUUUUUAUUACCUGGAAGGUCUCCUCGGUCAAUUCACCAAUAAAUCAUGCGUGAAAACCUGGGCCAUGGCACCGGCCAUGAAAGGUUUGGGAUACGGUCAAGCAAUUGCAGCAUUCUGCGUUGUCACGUGCUACAGCGCCUUAAUGGGUUUGACACUCUAUUAUCUGGUGGUCAGUUUCCAAGCUGAACUACCCUGGUCCUAUUGUCGAGAAGAGUGGCAGGAUCAGUGCUUCGACACCCUCUCGAAAUACGACAACACAAACAAGUCUCGCAAUGACAAUACUAUUACUCUUUACAGCUCUGCAGAAUUGUAUUUCAGGAAGAUCGUUUUGAACGAGUACGAUUCGAUUGAAGAUGGGAUUGGAACACCCUCCUGGCAGCUUACUGUUUGUCUCUUCGUUAGCUGGACAACGGUCUUCGGCGUGUUGUGCCGUGGUGUGAAGAGCACCGGGAAAGCAGCGUAUUUCCUUGCCAUAUUCCCCUACAUCGUUAUGAUAUGCCUGUUAAUCAGAGCGGUGACUCUCGAGGGAGCUGGCAAUGGGAUCCUGUUCUUCAUCACCCCAGAUUGGGACAGACUUUGGGAUCCAACUGUUUGGUACGCUGCCAUUACCCAAUGCUUCUUCUCUCUCUCCGUCUGCUUCGGCCCGAUUCUCACGUAUUCUUCUUACAAUAACUUCAGACACGGCGUCAGCAGGGACGUAAUGAUAGUGACGACUUUGGACACUUUCACCAGCCUAAUGGCAGGGUGCACGAUUUUCGGGAUUCUUGGAAAUCUAGCCCACGAAAAGGGUACCACAGACGUAUCGAAGGUGGUUCGCGGUGGUACAGGCCUCGCUUUCAUCUCCUAUCCCGAAGCUUUGUCCCAGUUCGAGGUGGUCCCUCAACUUUUCGCUGUCCUGUUCUUCGUGAUGAUGUUCGUCCUCGGCGUCGGAAGCGCCGUAGCCCUUUCCAGCGCCGUUUUCACUAUACUCUGCGACCAUUUUCCCAACGUGACGCACUGGAAGAUAGUACUCGUCGUUUCCAUCUUUGGGUUCGUCGUUAGCCUCGUCUACGUCACUCCCGGUGGCCAAUGGCUCAUAACGUUGGUGGAUUAUUACGGUGGCACUUUCGUGGCGAUCAUCGUCGGCGUUUUCGAGAUCAUAACGAUAUUCUGGAUCUACGGCCUGACGAAUUUCCUCAAUGACGUCGAGUUCAUGCUCGGUGGGAAACCGUCGUUUUAUUGGAGGCUCUGCUGGGCUGUAAUCACACCGAUAUUAAUGAUCGUUAUUCUAGUGUGCACGAUCGCUACCUACGAAUCACCUACCUACGAUGGCAUGCCGUUUCCAGCUUACGCU